AUGAGUGAAAGAGAACCGGGGCGUUUUCCAAGCCAAACUGAUGCUAAUCCAAAAGGCAAGGAGCAAGUUAAUGCCAUUAGAACAUUGAGGAGUGGCAAACUAUAUGAUAGAAGGGAAGAAGUCGUAGAACCAAAGGACCAAGAAGAGAAUGCCAACGAAGCAGUUCCACUACCUUCUUCACCACUCGCUGCUCCUACUCCUGCUCCAAAGUUGAAGAAUUAUGAUCCUCCUAUGCCUUUCCCGCAGAGAUUUCAGAGGCAGAGAAAGGACAAGCAUAUGUUAGAUAUAUCGGAGAAAUUUAAAAAGGUUCAAAUCAACAUUCCAUUACUCGAUGCUAUAGCACAAAUUCCAUCGUACACAAAGUUUUUGAAGGGUCUCUGCAUAAACAAGAGGAAAUUUACAGACCAUGAGAAGAUUGAGCUUACAAAUUGUUGCAGUGAGGUUUUGACCACAAAGAUGCCUCCAAAAUUACAAGAUCUGAGGAGUUUCACUAUCCCAUGUCUAGGUAUUGGAGAGCUACAAAGAACAUCCGUCUCUUUGCAAUUGGCUGAUCGAUCAGUGACUUAUCCCAAGGGCCUUGUUGAGGACGUUUUGAUCAAAGUAGACCAAUUCAUCUUUCCAGCAGAUUUCCUUGUGCUUGACAUGAAGGAAGACCAAAACAUUCCUAUUUUACUUGGUCAUCCUUUCCUUGCAACCGUUGAAGCUUUAAUUGAUGUCAAAGAAGGCACACUCAAGCUGCGAGUUCAAGGAGAAUCCAUAGAAUUCAAGAUGUUUGAAGCACUUAAGUUACCAGUCGACGUAGAAAAGUGCAGCAACAUCGAGCUUAUUGCUGCCAUUGUUAAUGCCAACUUCUUGGAGAAUGUCUCUACAAAUUUGUUGAAGACAUGCAGUGAAUAUCCAGAGUUAAAUAUGGAAGGAGAGGCAGCCAUGGACAUAAUUGCAGCCCUCAAUUCGUCCCUCAUUCAUUCACCAAAGUGGAGGCAAGCAUGGGAGCCUCUAGGACGAGCAUCACCUCAUUGUCUUGUGUCGACACCACAUUUCAAAGCCACAAGGCGGAAGAAAGGGAAAACAAAGAAGAUGCAUGGAGUGGUUCCUCAUUUGAAUGAUCCGCCAUCCUCAUGUUAA